AUGUCUUCAGCCUUCUCCAGUAUGCUCAGUUUCUUCCCCUCUGCAUUUUCAGAAGUCCCAAGCAUAUUCAUUGAUCUCCGGCAAAUUAAUCUACGUGGAGGAGUGGAGCGGGAGGUGGUGGUGGAGGUGGAGUGGGGAGGCGGUCACAAACCCUGGCUUGGGGGUUACAAGCACAUACUCUCAGGACUAUACUACCACAACGCCUCCACACAGACCUUACCUCCAGCCAGAGCCACUCCAGGUCAAGUGAGUCGGGGCACCCAGACAGUGUGGGGCUACGGGCGUGGAUGCCAGACCAGCCGCACCACCCACACUCAGACCACAUGCUUCCACCCGCUCCUUGACACACCAACACCUGUCCUCAUCACUCCAAGACCUUACAGUCCUACCCAUCACUAUGACAUCACUAAGGUAAUAGCAGUGCAGCAGGCAGUGCGUGGUUGGUUGGCACGAAGGUAUCUGCGACACCUGCGACAGGUACGAGAGUCUGAACGCUUAGCAACGGUAAAGAGUGAUACUAGCAGCCCUACCAGUGUGCAAUCAGACACCAGCAGCAGCUCCACCAUGGAACACAAGACAUGGCAGCAACCAGUGCCCAUGACAGAGUUAUACUCACGUCUGGAAAGCUGGCGCAGAAAACAGGUUGACCAGGUGAAUGCGACACUGACAGGAAAACAGCGGAGACGGGCACUGGUGGCCCUUCUGGACAAGGAGACUGAGCUGCUAAGGUCCCUGGAGGUUCACAGAGCAGUCCGUUCUGGCAGACGGAGAAAUGCUGCCAUAGCAAGGUUUCUGCAGGAGGUGUCACGUGCCCAGGUGUGGGAGGUUGGUGGUGUAAUUGGAGGAGGGGUGGAAGUGGAGACACCAGAUACACAGCCUAUAAGAACCUUGGCAGCUCUUGCCACAGCAUUUCAACAAGAUGCUACAGCAGAAGUUCGUGCUCAACAGCUCAACACACUCUCAAAUACAGUAGAGCAAUACCACCCCAGCCGUGGUGAUGGGCCAGCAAGCUUGCGCACUGCAGCAGAACUGAGGAAUCUAGCACGUCGGGGACUGGAUCUCUUGUCACGUGGUACCUCUGACAACAGGUUAAGGGGCCUCCGCAAACGACUUCACAGCCUCAUCAUUACCUAUCUCCACCAAGUUCAAGGUUGUGUGUCAUCAGUGGUGGCACCUCGCUCUAUUCGCGCUGCUGGUGCAAAACCUGUUCUGCUGUCUACCCGAAUGACCUGACAAUAUGACUUCAGGUUUCUGCUAUGAUUUGUGGCAUUUUUAUCGUCUGACACUCUGUACAAAAAACCAUAAUCAACAUAUCCUACAAAGACAUGAUCAUUCCUGCAGUUACUGUAUUGUGCUGUUAGGAAAAUGUUUGUGUUUGAAAUAUUUGUAUAAAAUAACUACAGUAUUAGUACAAUAUAUAUUUAUCAAUAGCA